AUGACGAGGCAUUCCAAGAAUAACACGGCCUCGUCCGUAUUCUCUUAUGCAGAACACCAAAAACUCAAACAAACUGCUCUCUACGGCACUCAGCGCGCACUCCUAGGCUCCAAUUCGCAUAGGCCAUUUGACGCAUGCAGCCUCUGUCUCGCCACGGCCAUAAAUCCCGUCGCAUGCUCAAAGGGUCAUCUCUACUGUAAAGAAUGCGUCGUAAAGGACCUCUUGCUCCAACGUGAGGCUCACCAGCGAAAGCGCGACGAAAUCGAGGCCCUCAGAGCUGAAGAGGAAAAGGCUAAAGAAGAAGUACGACUCAGGGCACGUGAACGCAUUCUCACUGGAGGUACAAGCUCGCUCUUUGGCAAGCGCAAGGACCGCGAAGAGUCCAAAAAGGAUGAAGACUUGCCAGCAGCAAAGAAACGAAAGUUUGAAUUCGAUGCCGAGGCUGCCAAAAAGCUUGCAAAAGAGGCGGAAGACGAAGCCGUUCGUCAGCUGGAGAUUGAACAGAACGAGGCGCGAAAAGCAAAACUACCGGCAUUCUGGCUGCCCUCUCUGACCCCGGAGUCGCAAAUCGCGCUUCCUCCCUCGAACGAAAUCAAGAUGCAGACAAUGUGCAACGCGUCGGAUCCAGCGCAUCCAUUGUUAAUGAAACACUUGACGCCCGUCUCGUUUAGCUUUACUGCGUCCUCUAGCAAAGAAUCCAAUUCCAAGCAGACGUGCAUUUGCCCUUCGUGCCAAAAGGAACUCUCGAAUACGACUAGAAUCUUCCUAAUGAAACCGUGCCACCAUGUCGUAUGCAAGACAUGCACUGACUCGCUCGUCAAACCCUCGUCUCAAUGUGUUGUCUGUGAUAAGAAGCUUGCAUCAAAGGAGAUCAUAGAGCUGGUAAGAGAAGGAACCGGGUUUGCGAGUGGUGGAAGGGCCGAAACCAGCAAGGCGGGGACGGCCUUUCAAGGAUGA